UAUAACUUACUCCCAAAGCAACCACCAAACAACACACACAUCUCUAUUUAUCUCAUUUUCUCUCACUCUAGACCUCAAUUUCAUGAUGGGAUACCAAACAAACCCUAACUUCUCCAUGUUUUUUUCCUUGGAAAACGACGAGCAAAACAAUCAAGAUUAUGAUUCUUAUAACAAUAUCUCUUCAUCAACUUCUGUUGAUUGCACUCUUUCACUUGGAACACCAUCCACUCGUCUCGACGACCACCGUAGAUUUUCUUCCGCUAGUUCUAACAUUUCCGGCGAUUACUUCUAUCACGGAGGAAACGCUAAAACAACGUCAUACAAGAAAGGCGGUGGUGAUCACAACUUACCUCGCCGCUGUGCUAGCUGCGACACAACUUCUACUCCUUUAUGGAGAAACGGACCAAAAGGACCCAAGUCGUUAUGCAAUGCGUGUGGAAUCCGAUUCAAGAAGGAAGAGAGGCGUGCAACCGCCAGAAACUCAAUAACCUCCGGUGGUGGUUCAUCCGCGGCAGAAAUUCCGGCAGGUGGAAACUAUUACACUCAUCAGCAUCAUCACUAUGCUUCGUCGUCGCCGUCGUGGGCUCAUCAGAACACACAAAGGGUUCAGUACUUCUCGCCGGCGCCGGAGAUGGAAUAUCCGUUCGUUGAUGACGCCACGGCUGCCUCAUUUCUUUCCUGGAACUGAUGUUACGUAUAGCGAGAGAAGAAGAUGAUGAUGAAAGGUCUUACCAUAGAUUAUCACCCAAAGUAAAUCAGUCUUGGUCAAAUUCAUUUUAUUUUGUUUUUAUAUAUGUCCUACCUCGACUCAUCUCGACUCUAUCAAGUUGUGUUUUCUUUUCAUGAAUUUUUGAAAGUUAUAUAUAUAUA